AUGGACUCUUUCAACGGUCUAACUCUCAACGACGUCACCCCCCGGCGGGAGAAGAUAUGGUGGCGCGACUGGAGCCUGGUGAAGCUCAACACUUUGCUGCUGUGUGCGCUGCUGACGCAGACGGCAUCCGGAUACGACGGCAGCAUGCUGAACGGGAUGCAGUCGCUGCCGCAGUGGCAGCGGUUCUUUGGCGACCCGACGGGCACACGACUGGGCGCCAUGACGUUCGGUCCGACGGGGGGCGUGUUGAUCUCCGUGGCGGUGUCGUCGCAGCUGUGCGAGCGGUACGGGCGUCGGUGGCCUAUUAUGGGCGGCUCACUGGUCAUCAUCCUAGGGUCGAUCCUGCAGACGGCGGCGGUCAACUAUGGGAUGUUUGUCGGGUCGCGCUUCCUGGUGGGCAUCGGACUGGGGAUUGUCUCGACGGCAGCACCACCGCUGCUCUCGGAGCUGGCGUACCCUUCUCAACGCGGAAUUUUGACCUCCUUCUACCUCGUUUCGUGGCCGCUGGGGUCGUUGAUCGCGGCGUGGGCGACGUACGGCACGUUCAAGAUGACGUACUCGUCGUGGAGCUGGCGCAUCCCCAGUCUGCUGCAGUGUAUCUUCUCGCUUGUGCAGGCCGUUCUGGCGGUGUUCUGCCCAGAGUCACCACGGUGGCUCAUCUACCAGGGUCGCAGCGAGGAGGCGCUGGCCAUCCUAGCGGAGUACCACGGCGAUGGGGACCGCGACGCCCGCCUGGUGCGCUUCGAGAUGGCGGAGAUCACGGCGACGCUGGAGAUGGAGAAGAUGCAGAACCAGUCGCGGUGGACGGAGUGGGUGGCGACACGCGGGAACCGGCAUCGACUCUUCCUGGCCAUGUAUAUCCCUGCGAUGCUGCAGUGGUCGGGCAACUCGCUGACCUCGUACUACCUGGCGGACGUGCUGGACACGAUCGGCGUCACGGACUCCAAGACGCAGCUGAUCAUCAACGCGUGCCUGUCCGUAUGGAGUCUGCUGGCGGCGAGCUGCUUCGCGAUGCUGGUCGACCGGGUCGGGCGGCGCGGCAUGUUCCUGUACGGGAUGGUAGGCAUGCUGGUCUCGUAUGUGAUCUGGACCAUCUGCUCGGCGAUCAACCAGCAGAAGGACUUUCGUGACGAAGGAUUUGCCGCCGCCGUACUGGUCAUGAUCUUCAUCUACACGGCCUUCUACCAGAUGUGCGGGCCCGUGGCGCCCACGUACAUCAUGGAGGUGGUGCCGUUCUCGCUGCGGUCCAAGGCGUCGAUGAUGUACCAGCUGACGGGCAAUCUGGCGAGCAUCUACAACAGCUUUGCCAACCCGGUCGCCCUCGACAACAUCGCGUGGAAGUACUAUAUCGUGUGGUGCAUCGUCAUCGCCAUCAACGUCACGCUCAUCUUCUUCUUCUUCCCGGAAACCAACGGCCGCGGGCUCGAGGAGGUGGCCGAGAUCUUCGACGGACCUGACGCUCUGGCAGGCGUCAACGCGAUGAAGCAGAUGGGCUUUGAGAAGAAGCAGGAAUCUGCCGCUGCUUCUGGAGGGAAGACUGUGUUGGAUCACAUCGAGGAGCGGUAG